GCAGCAGAGGCUGAGCGAGAGAGAAACCAGUGAUGGAUUGUUUGUCACUUCCAUCGUUCAUUUGGAUUCCAUCAACAUCUAAGUAUGAAAAACACAGCAACCAUCAAAAGAAGUUCCGAAUUGCGGUGUCUAGGAGAGACACUGACGCUGAAUUUUCUUUGUCCUUUUCUUGUUUUCCUUCAUUCAAUGCUAUUCACAAAACAGUUCCUUUGGCUGCUUCAAUCGCAAUUUUCUCUGGUCACCCCCUGGACAUAUUGAAGAAAGCUCAGCUUCUUUCCCCUCGUGCUAUGGUUGUUGAUUCAAUACAAACUCUUGAUCUUAUUAACACUUGGUCAGAGCAAAAUGUUAAGUUGAAUGAUGCUGAGGACAAGUUAAAAGAUCAAGAACAUCAACUAAAGGUUCAACAGAAAAGAAUUGGUUCUACUAAAAAGACAGAUGAGCUUGGGACAGGCUCUAGUAAUGAUGAAGAUGAUAACAUAAGUGAUUGAUGUUAGGAGGAUAUGUUUUUUCUGAUUUAAAUUAAGAAAUUUUUAGGUGAAUUAGUUAGUAUAUCUUAUUUUAUUCAUGAUAUUUGACCUUUUUAAAGGCUUCCUUUGUUUUAGUUUAAGUAUUUUUUUUUCUUAUUUAGUUUGAUUACAUUUAUGGACAAAAGUAU